UGACACAGUGCGAAGAGGAUUUGUGGAGAGUUAAAGCAAAAAAACGCUCGUCUGUGAAAAAGAUCCACUUCAUUCGCAGCAUCAGUUACGUUGACUUAAAUGUCCAGGAGAGCAAUGGUUUUUAUCCAAACAGCGGCGAAAUGCUGAACCUUGCUUUCAUUGGAGAUUAGGGGACGUGAGAGACUGAACUCUAUGGGGAAAUCUCAUGUCGACACAACAGCUCAGCGUGGAGGAGUCUCUGGUGUGAUGUUUGAAGGGGACACAGCAAAUUGUCUCUGUGGUGAUGCUGUGAUGCUUCUGCAACCCUGCAAUUUUUUUUCUCACUCACCACAAGACUGAAGGUGUGAUCGUGAACAUAGAGAUGUACUGAAUAUGAGUCAGUUCCUUCUUUUAAAGAUGUGCAGAGAUACUAAAAAUAUGUUUUCACUCACAGGACAGGUCAUAGGACAAAAACUUUUAGCUGUCUACUGAAACAAGGACAUUCUGUCUUCACAGCUCUCUGUCCACGGUGCACUCAGUGUAAGUUUGCAGGUCUGACCUUGGCAGGAAGAGAUGGACGCUUUGAAGUGGACUCUGUUCUUUGUGUGGCUUUACAUCAAUGCUGUUCAAACUGAAGCCUCCUCUUGGUCCAUUACGUUGCCCUCAACAGUGAAAGGGCUGAUUGGAUCCUGUGUGGUGAUUCCCUGCACGUAUAACUACCCAGAUCAUAAAGGAAAGGCUGACAAAUUCACUGGGAUUUGGACCGACAGCUUGCAAAGCAAAGCAAGUCACUUCAUCUAUCACCCAGAUGCGUCGAAAGUUGUGCAGCAGUAUCAGACUCGGGCAGCGCUGCUCGGAGAUGUCACGCACAAGAACUGUACACUGAAGAUUGAUCCUCUUCAGCAAAGUGACCAAGGGCCUUUUUAUUUCAGGGUGGAAAUGGCUAACUUUAACAACUAUACAUACAAAGAAAAAGUCUCCAUCACAGUUUUUGGUGCACUAAAUAUUGAUCUCUCUGUGAAAGAAGUCCAGGAGGGUCAGACCGCGCUGGCGUCCUGCUCUGUGUCUCCCGCCUGUCCCACCUCUCUUCCUGUCUUCAGCUGGAGUCACCCCGGAGAGGAAUAUUUCCACUCAAUGCAGUUUGAAGACGGCCAGUGGAAAGCGACAGCUACUCUCACCUUUCACCCUACCAAAGCUGACCACAACAAGCCUUUACUGUGCACUGUGCGGUACGAUGGAGGGCGGCAGCAGGAAACAACCAAGCUCCUCAAAGUGAAGCAUGCACCAGUGAACGUGAUGGUCGAGUACAAGUCAGACGUAAAGGAGGGUGAGGCUGUGCAGCUGAAAUGUUCCAGUGAUGCUUACCCUCCGGCCAACAGCUACGAGUGGUACAAUGAAACCGGUGUUCAGAUGCAUCAGGGAAACACCUACAUGAUACCAAACGUCUCCAGAAACAUGGACGCAUUUUACUGCACCGCCAUCAACACAGUAGGACGAGGGAAAUCAAGCCCAAUGCGGCUAAGUGUCUUAUAUGCCCCUGAGAUUAAGAUGGCCUCCUCCUGCUCCUCACGGGGUGACGUGGUGAAAUGUAUGUGCAUUGUGGAGUCCAAGCCUCCCAGCAUGGUCCAUUUUGUGAUUCCUGAAAAAGUCUUUGCAGGCACCAAGAUAGAGAGACAUGGCUCUGUUACCAUCGGGACCCUGCAAGCAGAGUUUGGAUCUUCUGAGGUUGUCCACUGUCUGGCAAACAACACAAUAGGCAUUGCCAGCUUCACUCUCUCUUUACCUGUCAAUGAUAAGAUGCAUCAUCUCUUCAUUGCCAUCGCCACUGGUGCAGGUGUGGUUUUGAUGAUACUUUUAAUUGCAGUGGUAUUUGUAAUAAAAUGUAGGAGAUCAUCUGGAGAUGCACCAACACUUCACAUACAAACAAACAAAGGUGAAGAGCUCCCUGAGUAUGCUACAGCAAAUAGUUCUGUUCUCAGAAAAGAGAUGAACUGUGGCGCCAUGCAGUGGUCUGCUAGCUAUAGCAGUGACAAUGUGUAUGGCAACAUGGAGACUGACAACGAUGCGAUAUACGCCAAUGUGUGACUGUGCUGAAUUUACCAGGGCUGCAGUGCGUUGUCCGGACGAUGUGGUUCGAGAAAGCUAGAUAUGCACAAACAAAGAAAUGGAUAUGCUAUUUUCAUUAUUGUUGUAUGCUUAUUUACAUAUUAGGUUUUAUGUCUUAAAAUGCAGAAAUCUGUCUGAUCAACAACUGUGUGCUGAGAUUAUUCAACAUUAAAAUAUUGUAGUCAUUUACUUACUUGGCUUGCUCUUAAAAACCUUAUUAGUCAUUCAGCAGCUACUCAGUGUUUGUGAUGAAGAAUAAAAUGUUUUCAACACAGAUCACAAUGUGAUGUACGUUGCUGAAGUCCUCAGGAUUCACUGUGGCAAAUCAAGAAAAUAAUGAACCCCCUGAGCUUCAGUUGUCCAAUGAAUGCUUUACAACAUAUAUCUGUAUACAGAGAAUAGAGAUCAAACGUAUCAAACAUUAAUUCGAGAGAAAUAGUCAUGUCAUUAUUUUGUGUAAACAUUCUUUUUUAUUAUUUUAAUUUCCCUGCAUUGAUAAGGUUAUGUUACCACAUUUAUGUAACCUGCACAGGGUGAAGUGGCUAUGUUGUGCUUUUUGUACUCCAUUUUCAUUUUCAUUAGUUGCAUUUACAUAACUUAUUGUAAAAUGUGAAAUUUUAAUAAAUUAUUUCCAUUUGGCAGAAGUACACAAUAAUUAUACUGUUUUGUACUGAGUGUAUAAAUUCA